UGAAAGACUGUUCACCGAGUGUUGUGUGUGUGGCGUGGCCCGUCUCUAAAGUCUGAGUUUUAUUACUUUUGGUGCCUGAAAUCAGAAAUAAACAUCCAUUAUGGCAUCAUUAGUUUUCAGAAUUGCAUUAUUAGGGCUUUCAUUGUCUGUGAUGAUGACGAGUUGUGUGGCUACCAGUAUUUCUGACAACAGAGUUUUCGUGAUCAAAAACUUACUUGACAACACCACAGACACGCAACUGGCUUUCCGGGUGUCUAAAGGCGGCCUGCAGUACGCCACGACAACCUCGCACAUCCAGCCCUAUGUCUGGUCCAAGUGGAUCGAACUAGGUGCUCCCCAAGACCAGAAGGAAAACCCGACCAAUUUCUCCGCGAUUGUUUCAAACCCAGUUGGUCUACACGCGAGCACCAACCAAACCCAAAUAUUUGUCCAGACAGUUAGUGGCCAGGUGUGCACAAUAAAACAAGAGUUGAUAGGAACUGAGAUCAGUUUUGGAAAGUGGGCUAAAUUGCCUUCCCUUGAAUAUGAGAGUGGGACGGUUCUUCACGGACAGGACUCGAUCACUGUAGGGACGUACAAGAGCCAGAUUGUCGUCUUCACUCGUUCGAUGACAGGCACUUCCGGACUCUUCUGGUGUAAAAGUGAUGCAGGUGGCGAAUUCUCGGCUUGGCAGAGAAUCGGUGAUGUCUUCAAGGCACACCUGUUCUCGGAUGCCACGGUCAUCUUCAACACGUUCUCCGGCUACUAUGAGGCGUUUGCCGUGAUGAGCGACGGGUAUGUGUACCGGACGUGGCAGAGGGAUGACACGCGAUGGGCGAACUGGAGGAGUAUGGGAAUAUUUCAGCCGAAGGUCACCACGACGAGUCGUCCUGUUGCUAACGUCAUGUCGCACAGCUUUGCCAACGGUGUUCUGGAGGUUUUUGCUCUCGGAGCUGACAGCACUGUCAAACAUAUCUUCCAGACAACCUGUGACACAGUGGACAACCCGUGGGGCUACUGCACCUGGGGUCUGUGGCACACCCUGUCAGGCAAGGUGCCCCCCACCCUGGGGGCAAAUGUCAUCGCCACAGGGACUAAUGUCCAUCUGGGUGGGGAGUUGUUUCUGGUCGACACCAAGGGCAUACUUUGGCAUGUUUGGCAGACUGAGAGGGGAACUUCAUGGAGCGAUUGGCAACAGGUUCCUACCUCCCCACCCACCCAGCCCGCCGUCGCCGGCAAAGCCUUCGUGAGAAGAGAGGACAAGUUGUGGUGGAAGGUCUUUGCUCAGAGUCAAAAUGGAACUAUGAUCGUUGUGGAGCAGGCACGGUCUUUGGAUGUCGUCCCUAGCCGGGUUGCUUAUGGGGCCAAUCUGACAGUGUCUUGGUCUGUACCAGUGGAUGAGGCCACACACAUGGACUGGAUUGGAGUCUACCCAGUUGGCGCAAAUAAUGACCAAUACGUGGACUUCAAGUAUGUCCAAGGAGGCCAGAAUCCCUUAGAUAACCCUGUGCCUAAGGGAAACAUCGCUUUGGAAUCUUACCUUCCAGAUGGGAUAUACGAUGUGCGUUAUCUGGUCAACAGACAAUUUGUAGAUGUCAUCGAUACAACUGUAGAGUAUAACCAUGGCAACCAAGAUGAGCCGUGGGUGCAGGUCUUUAGAGGGAUAUUCCACGGCUUAGGUGCCAAGACAACCAACUUCAAACAAUGUGUCCAAGAUGGCAACAAGACCGUGGCCACAUUCAGAGAAUCCUUUGAGGCAUUUGGCAACAAAGAGGUGUUCAAGGGUCUUCAGAUGUUAGGGGUUGGCCUGAAAGACGUUGAGGAGACCUUGAAAGUUUGUUCAGAGACAGACAUCGCCAAAGCCUUAGAGCAAUUCGUGACGGACCUCAUUUCCUGCGUGGAGGGACACUGUUUGCACUUCGUCAUCGACGCAGUCGAUAUCUUACUCAUCUUGUACGAGAACGUCUACGAGAUAUUCGGGGACAUCCGCGCAGCCUCCAAUUCGUUCAAUGUGGCCCAUGCGUACGAGCAAGGGGGACUAUGUAUUGGCCGCGUGGUGAACGUUUGUAUCAGUUUGCCAUGGAAGAACGGAAACGUGUAAUCAGAGACUUCCAAGAAGUGAAUAAUGGGCAUAGUUUUGAGCGAAUUGAAGCGACUGUGACAAUGUCAUUUUCUGGGUUUAUAUAGUUUUUAUAUACAGUAGAAACGCCAUGUUUAUUGAUGCAGUUCAGUAACUUUAUUACAGUCUAAAAUUGAAAGGAUGUAAAGAUUACAUUUCUGAAUCGUACCAACAUGUAAAUUUAUAUAUGACUUGAAGCUUUGCAUGGCGGAUGAGAUAAAUUAGAAAGUUUGCGGGUAACACCAUGUGAAAAGAAAUCUCAUCUUGGAAGAAGUGUGGUUCUGAAAAGAACCAGUUGGUUGAGUAUAGAACUCAACAUUUCCAACAGUGUGCUCUGUUCGUCCUCGGGAGGUUGAUACUUUUAUGUCAAUAACUUUUGAUUCUCAUCUGUUCGUACCCCACUGUGGCAUUGUCACAGCGCCCUCCGUUACUCAGAAAAAAAUGGCCAACUGGUCCCCUUUGUUUCUAACACAUGAAGUACAGUUUCAUUUUUUGUCUCUGGCAGCAACAUUUUUUUUGGGGGGGGUGUUGGUUGACAAUAAAUGUCGCUGAAACAAGGGAUCCAUUAGUUAGAGAGGAGAGAGAUCAUUUUCAAUAAUGGGGAGGGAGCAAAUGACCCUUAUCAACCCCCCCCCCCCCACCUCUCCUCGGCAGCCUUUGGUUUAUGUAUUUGGUCUGCUGCUCGUUGUACAUUUCAUUUCACUUACAUUUACUUUUUACAGUGAAGACACUUUCGACCCUUUUUUUUCCCAGAUCUCCUAGCUCUGUCCCUGACUGUAUUUACAAUAUUUUUAAGAAAUGCAUGUUUACUGUAAAAGUUAUAAUUUUUUAUAAAGUAACACAUUGACUGGUAUGAAAGGUAAACCAAAUGCAGUUCUUGGACAGAUGUAUUUCAGAACUAUUGUUGUAGCAAAUGAUGAGUGAGAAGUCAACUUUUCAAUGCAAUGCUUACUUUGUUUUUUAAUAUUGGUAGUAUAGUUUAAGCCUGGCUCUUGUGUCAUUUUAUGGGGCCUUUGUGAAUCCUUUGAAACUGUCCCCUAUGCAUGAAACCAACAGGACAUUCCAAGGCACUCAUAAUGUUUAAUGGGCAUCCAAGUGGCUUUGGAGGAAUUUAGAGGGCAAGUGGAAAAGAAAGUCAAUUAAAAGUUUUUGUGUUUAUUAUAGCCAUAACUUGCCUGAUUUUUGACCUUCCAUGCAACAAGUGCUCUAAAAAUAGUACAUUUAUAUUUUUGUCCUUAACGUUUACGUGGAAAAUGCUCCGCAUGAAGUAGUUUACAAAGUAACUUUGUUUUUUGCAUUUUUGCAGAUGAAGAAAUAUGCUAAAUAGACUGUGUACCUUAACUGAAA